CCUCUGUCGUCGUCCGUCGUCUUGGCCCUCCUCUGUUGUGGCUUCCCGGCUCUUCCCUGUCCUAGACUGCCGAGGCCGGGCUGCCCGGGAGACUCGAGCCGCCUCCCCGCCAUGGACAACUCCGGCAAGGAGGCAGAGGCGCAGGCGCUGCUGGCCGAGGCGGAGCGCAAGGUCAAGAACUCGCAGUCCUUCUUUUCCGGCCUCUUUGGAGGCUCAUCCAAAAUCGAGGAGGCUUGUGAAAUCUACUCGAGGGCCGCAAACAUGUUCAAGAUGGCCAAGAGCUGGAGCGCUGCUGGAAACGCGUUCUGCCAGGCGGCCCAGCUGCACCUCCAGCUGCAGAGCAAGCACGACGCCGCCACCAGCUUUGUGGAUGCGGGCAACGCCUUCAAGAAAGCGGACCCUCAAGAGGCAAUAAACUGUUUGAUGAGAGCAAUUGAGAUCUACACAGACAUGGGACGCUUCACGAUCGCCGCCAAACACCACAUCUCCAUUGCCGAGAUCUACGAGACGGAGCUGGUGGACAUCGAGAAGGCCAUAGCUCACUACGAGCAGUCGGCGGACUAUUACAAGGGGGAAGAAUCCAACAGCUCUGCCAACAAGUGCUUGCUCAAGGUGGCCGGCUACGCCGCUCAGCUGGAGCAGUACCAGAAGGCCAUCGAGAUCUACGAGCAGGUGGGCACCAAUGCGAUGGACAGCCCCCUGCUGAAGUACAGCGCCAAGGAUUACUUCUUCAAGGCCGCCCUGUGCCACUUCUGCAUCGACAUGCUGAACGCCAAGCUGGCCGUGCAGAAAUACGAAGAGAUGUUUCCGGCUUUUUCUGACUCCCGGGAAUGCAAGCUAGUCAAAAAACUCCUGGAUGCCCAUGAAGAACAGAACGUGGACAGCUACACCGAGUCGGUCAAGGAGUACGACACCAUCUCGCGGCUGGACCAGUGGCUCACCACCAUGCUCCUGCGCAUCAAGAAGACCAUCCAGGGCGACGAGGAAGACCUGCGCUAGCCCCCCCAGCGGCUCCUGCCCCCCUCCCCCACUGGGCUCCCUCUGACCUCCCCCCUCCAGAGCUAAGCAGAUUGUAGGAUGGAGGGGAAGGAAGGUGUGGGGCUGACCUUUCCUGCCCGCAGGCCUGGCCCCGGGGGUCUCUGCGCCCAGUCAGAGGCCAAGAGGGGCUGGGGAGUCUAGCCCAGCCCCCUUAGGUCCCAGCCCACUGCACAGCCCGGGGCUGCAGCCUGGGCUGCCCCUCAGCAGGAGGCCGGGGCCCGGGGGUCCCCUCUGCUCAGGCUCUGACCCCUUUCUAUGCAUCCUCUCCCCCAGGCCCCCCCACCUCUCAGGUUUGGCCCUUUGGCCCAGGAUGCCUCUCCCUCCCCCUCCCGUGCCCCCCUCCCGCCCUGUGCAUGUUUCUCUAGUGGGUCCCACGGGAGGAGGACUGGAGAGCAACAAUAAACACUUUUGCAUGA